AUGAGCUGGAACAACUUCCAAGGAGAACUUCCCCAUGAAUUGACCCAUUUGCGCAGGCUGCGGGUCCUUAAUCUCACCGACAACAAGCUAGGUGGAUCUAUUCCCUCUUGGGUCGGUUCCUUGCAAAAACUUCAUUACUUUUCUCUCAAGAACAACAGCUUUGCAGGUUCUAUCCCGCCUUCUAUCUCCAACAUGUCCAACCUAGAGAGACUAAUUCUGUCAAUUGAAAACUUUAACCGUGAACUACAAUCAGCUUUCAGGUCCUUUGCCGGUGGAGAUGAUCAAUAUUUCCUCAUUGGAGACUGUCUUUUGAAGACUGUAUUAGGUUUCAAAUUCAUCCACUGCAUUAACAUUUGUAAACGUCACAAGUCUACAGGUUCAAUUCCGCCAAAGCUUGGACACCUAAAGCUUAUGGAAUUACUCAGUUUGAGCAACAAUAGCCUAACUGGUUCUAUACCAACUCAAAUAUUCAACAUCUCUUCACUACAAGUGCUGGACCUUAUGAACAAUAGUUUUUCGGGGAAUAUUCCAUCAACUGUUGGUUAUGGAUUGAUAAACCUUGAGGAGCUUUAUCUCAAUGUGAAUAAGUUUGAUGGAGUGAUACCAGACUCGAUCUCCAAUGUAUCUCAAUUGAGUAUUUUACAAUUGGCCGGAAACAAAUUCAGUGGUCCAAUUCCCAAUUCUCUUGGGGAUCUAAGGCUUCUAACUAGUCUAGAUCUCGCUGGAAAUCAUCUGACAACUGAACCUUCGUCAACAGAAUUGAGCUUCAUCAGUCACUUGACAAAUUGCAGUUAUCUAAAAGAUUUAUCAAUCGGUGACAAUCCAUUGCAUGGUUUUCUGCCAAUAUCUGUGGGGAAUCUUUCAACUUCUUUGGAAAGACUAUAUGCAUAUAGUUGUGAAAUCAAGGGGAAAAUUCCAGAAGAAAUUGGGAACUUGAGCAAUCUAUGGAUUUUGAGUCUACGUGGAAAUCAGUUGAGUGGAUCCAUUCCUCUGGCAAUCAAAGGUGGUCAAUACCUCGGUUGGAACUUAAGCAAUAUUACUUCUUUGGGGGAAGUUAACUUCGGUUGGAACUUAUUAAACUCGAGCAUACCUGCUAGUUUGUGUAACCUCAAUAAUCUCUUGGCCUUGAAUCUGUCAUCUAAUGCUUUGACUGGCUCCCUGCCUCAAGAAAUUCAAAAUUUGCAGGCAUUAGCGGAUCUGGAUUUAUCAAGAAAUCACCUUAAUGGGAAAGUUCCAAGUUCAAUUGGGGGUUUGGAAAGAUUAGCCAGCCUUUCUUUAGCACACAAUAGACUUGAAGGAACUAUACCAGAGUCACUCCGUCAUAUGUUAAGCUUGGAAAUUCUGGACCUAUCCAAUAAUAAUCUCUCAGGUCCAAUCCCAAAGUCCUUGGAGACACUUUUAUAUCUCAGAUACAUUAAUCUAUCUUUCAACCACUUGACAGGAGAAAUUCCCUCUAGUGGUCCUUUCAAGACCUUCACAUACGAAUCAUUCAUGUGUAAUGAUGACUUGUGUGGUGCUCAAAGAUUUCAUGUUCCUCCUUGUAGUUCUCCUCGGAUUCACAGUCGAAAGAAAAUACUCCAAAUAUCAGGCAUUGUAUCAAGUAUUGCAGCAAUUGUAAUUGCUGCAAUCAUGGUAAUUUUAUUUCUGAGAUGCCGAAGGAAGGAUGAAACUUCAAGAAAUACCGAUUUAUCCAUGGGAGUGCCUAAAUGGAUUUCGUAUUAUGACCUUGUUCAAGCAACCGAUGGUUAUGAUGAAAGCAAUUUACUUGGCAAAGGAAGUUUUGGAUCUGUAUAUAAAGGUACUCUAACAGAUGGGACACUUGUUGCUGUGAAAGUUUUCUCUUUGCUAGUAGAAAUUACUUCUAAGAGUUUUGAUACAGAAUGUGAAUGCAAAGAAUAA